UUGUACCGAAUUUAGUGGGGACGUGUAUUAUAACUUAACGUCAAAUUGAUUGCUACAACAGAUGGUUGAAAAUCAUCGACUAGUGAAAAUCUGUGAACAAAGUGCGAUAAUAUUUGUUUUUGCUUGAAGUAAACAUGAGUUCGAAAUAUAAAAAAAAGGAGAGUAAAUCACGAAGUCGUUCAAAAUCGUCGAUAAUUAGUGAAAUUAUGUACCCAAAUAAAAAAGUAUUAUAUCCAGAAGAAAGAAAGUUCUUCGUAAAAACAUCAAAGAUAAUGGGAAGAUAUAUGGUAGCGAAGAAAGAUAUUUUACCGGGAGAGAUAAUUUUAAGUGAAUUACCGAUUGUUGUCGGCCCUUGUGCUGGUUGCGCUGUCCAAUGUUUGGGAUGUUAUAAAAAUUUAGAAGAAGAAUCUUUUGUGAAAUGCAAAUCUUGUAAUUGGCCGUUAUGUUCUUACGAAUGUUCAGGUAUUAACAAACGCUUAGGACAUUCUGACGUAGAAUGCGCGAUACUCAGAAAAACGAAUUCUUCAAAAUUUUUAAACUACAACGAUUUUUCAAAUAUACGAUCUCGUUUAUGCGCCAUAGUACCUCUGAGAUGUCUAAUACUCAAAAAAGUUGAUCCGAAAACUUACGAUUUGUUAUUGAACAUGGAACACCACAACGAAUUGCGAAUGAAUAUUUCUGAGGUGUGGAACAAUAAUCAAAAAAACGUCGUCGAUACACUGAUCGAUGAUUGGGGAUUAACUUGCUUUUCUGAGGAAGAAAUACACACCGUUUGCGGAAUACUGGAAAUUAAUUGCUUCGAAAUCGGACAACAAGAUAGAGACAUCAGAGGGCUUUAUCCAACGGCGUUUCUCAUGUCUCACGAUUGCGUACCGAAUACCAAUCACAGCGACGAAGAAACGAAUUAUCAGUUAACUGUGAGAGCUUCAACCGAAAUCAAAGAAGGACACCCUGUAACUUUAAGUUAUGCUUAUACUUUACAGAAUACGAUGAAGCGACGCGAGCACCUGCUCGAUAAUAAAUUUUUCGAAUGUUACUGCAAGAGAUGUUCUGAUCCUUCCGAGCUUGGUAGUUACUGUAGUGCCCUCCAAUGUCCAAAAUGUCAAAGCGGACUAGUUCUUUGCGAUGAUCCCCUAAAUUUCGAUUCGCCUUGGAGUUGUACAAACACGAAAAAAUGUCCAGGCUACUCCAUCACCGCCAAAUCAAUGAAAUUAUUAUUAAACAGGAUAACCCAAGAAGCUGAUCAAAUAAAUAGCAAUGACGUAAAUUCCAUGGAACUUUUUUUGGAUAAAUACAGAAACGUCCUGCACCCCACCCAUUAUAUAUGCUUGGGGAUGAAAAUUUCCCUUUGCCAAAUUUACGGAAAAGUCGAGGGAAACUUGAUAUAUCAGUUGGGCGAUGAGAUGUUGGAGAGGAAAAUUGAAAUUUGCAGGGAGGUAUUGGGGGUUUUGGAUGUUAUCGAACCGGGAUAUUCGAGGAUAAGAGGAGUCACUUUGUACGAGCUCCACGCGCCACUAAUGAUACUACUAACGAGAAAAUUGGCGGGAAAGUCCGUUACGAAAUUGGAAUUGAAAAGUCGUUUGAAAGAAAUUUCAAAAUGUCUUACGGAAGCAACUGUCAUUCUUAGUUACGAACCGGAAAAUUCGGCCGAAGGCAACAUGGGAAAAGCGGCGGCGGAAGCUCUAAUUCAAAUCAAAGAUUGGAAAAAAAUUGUUGGAAAAUUUUAAUAAUUAUUUGUAUCGAUCCAUUCCUGUUUUGUAUAAAAAAAUUAUUUUGUAUUACAAA